AUGGAUGAGAAGAAACUAUUGGAUAAGAGGAAGGCGGGCGAAGGGAGGGCAGUCGAGGGGCCCCCCGGCGUCCUCGCGCAGAUCCCCCUCGCGGCGACGACGCCGCUCGCCCAGCUUCGCAUCAUGAUGCGGAUGCUCCUCCCGCGGGCUGUGGAGCAGACGCUUUGGAGGGGGUUGGGGGUGGAGUGGGGACGGAAGUGCACGGCGCUGGAGAGGUUUCUGGGUGGUGAAGGUGGGAGGGUGGGCGUUGUGGUGUUUGCGGUGUUGGUGAAUCAUGUUCGGAGGAUGGUGGUCAAGGGGAGUGUUGUGGGCGGGUUCGGGGGGGUUGUGCCAGGGGUGAAGAUGGCGGUUGGGAGUCCGGAUAUCUUUCUGAAAGAAGAGGUUGAGAAGGGAUGGGGGGGAUGGGGGAAGGUAGUGGGAGAUGUAGUGGGGAUGGCGGCGGGGGAUGUGCUGGUGAGGUUUGAGGAGAGAGGGAGGGUGAAGACGAGGAGGGAGAUGAAGGAGGCGGUUGUUGCGGCUGUUGUUGUGGUUGUUUGGAUGCUUGGAGCCGCGGAGUAUGUCCAUGCUAGGGUUGCGCAUCUCGUUGCUGUGGUGAUUGCGUAUUGGAGGAUGGUUAAUGGCGGCGAGGUGUAUUGGGAAGCGUUGUGGAGGGUCUUCUGUCCCGAGGGACCGUCGUUGAUGGCUGUCAUCAAGGAAGAAGGGUAUGGUGCUGUGGGAAGGGCGUUUGUGCAGGGGUUCUGGGGCAAUGAGCGCCGCCUUCGAAUCCUCUUCUUCCACGUCGAGUUGGCGAUGUAUGCAGUCUACGGUGUCUACCCGUUGUUGAAGCUGGCGUCAAUAAGAGCGCUUGGGAUGACGUGGGUUCGGGGAACGGGGUGGAAGUGGGUUGGGAUCAGUCCGUGGCUGGCGGUGCUGAUUGCGGGGUGGGCCUGGGGAACGGCGUUUGUGGCGCGGUAUUCGAAUAAGUAUUUUAUCGGGCUGCAGAUGUGUGAUAUGGUGUUGGUUGGGUGGUGGAUCGUUGCGGUUGGGGGAGUGUUUGGGUGGGGGUUUGUGAAGCGGCGGGUUGGGAGGUUGACGGGGGUCAAGAGGGUUGGAGGUUGA